GGCGGCGGCCCACGGCCGUCGGCUAGUGGCCGGCAGCCAGCGGGUGUGUGCGCGCGUACGCAGCGUCAUGGGCUUCACGGAGGUGCGGUCGGGCUACGUGCCCCUCCAGGACACGCCCAGUGGCAGCAACGAGUCGAUCGAUAUCAAGCCCGAGGCACCACUUUCUGCCAGAGAGAAUAUCUCCAAAGAAAAAACGCACUCUCACCAUUCUUUCUGCAACGAUAUGCAUCAUCAACUUGGAGGCGGGCAGUGGCAUGAUGGCGUGCCCUCGUGCCACCAUUAACGCCGGCUGGGUCGGUUUCCUUUUGUUUUUCGCCUGCGGCAGCAUGUCCGCCUUCAACGGCAUUCUGCUGACGUGGUCGCGCUCAAUCCUGGAGGAGCGCUACCCCGAAUAUAAUGGCCACGUACGCAGCCCAUUCGCCGAGAUCGCCACCAAAGCGUUCGGCCGACCGGGCAGGAUGCUGUUCAACUUCUGCAUUUUUAUGAGCCACUUCGGCGCUGCGGUUGUGAACAUGCUGCUGUGUGCCGAGCUGAUGGAGAGCUUCACCGGCUGGUCGCGCUGCUUCUGCAUACCGCUGAUCGCCAUGUUCUUCAUGCCCUCGUCGUGCCUGCCGUCUCCGGCCAAGUUCAGGAAGAUCACGUACAUGGGCCUGAUGGCGGCGAUGGUGGCCUGCCUCUGCUGUAUCAUCAAGCUGUCACUGGUGCUGACCUCGCUGUCGGAGCCGGUGACACGCACGCCGGCCACGCUGCAGUCCUUCUCGCUCGGCCUGGCCACCAUCAUGUUCAGCUUCGCCGGCGCCGGCGCGCUGCCCACCAUCCAGAACGACAUGGGCGACCGCAGCAAGUUCGCCCACAGCGUAUUCUUGGGAUACUCCGGACUGAUCGUGCUCUUCACGACUAUGUCGUCCCUUGGCUACACGGCGUUAGGUGACCAGCUGUCUGCCAACAUCAUCAACUCGCUACCCGACGGCGACUUCCGCAAGAUCAGCCAGGUGGCCUUCACCGUCAGCCUGACGACGGCCACCUACACGCUCAUUAACCCGGUCUUCCGCCAGGUGGAGGGGCCGCUCAAGAUCGAGGGUCCAGACAUGAGCUUGAAGCAGGUGAUCGUGCGGACGCUGAUGAUCGGCUGCAUGGUGAUAGUGGGUCUGACCGUGCCCAGCUUUGACAAGAUACUCAAUCUGCUGGGAUCGACCACCAUCGGCGUACUGGCCUUUGUCUUCCCGCCGCUCUUUUACUUCCGACUCAUGACUCAACACGAGGAGGGCUGGCCGGAGAGGCGGAUCCCGGCCUGGCAGAAGGUGGCCGUGCCGUGCGCCGUCCUGCUCAGCGUCGUCGGUACCGCCUGCGCCUUUCAAGCGGCCAUCCGCGACUUUGUCAGCGCCGAGUCUCUCUCCGGCUCCUGCCUGAUCCCGAUGUAGGGCCGGUGCGACCCUGCCGGCCGCCGCCACUGAUCUCAACAAGGAGCGGGGACGCGACGCGCGACACUCCACGUAAACACUGAGGCCGGUCGGCACGCGCCCAGACCCGGUGCAGCUUGGCGCCGACCUUCCGAGGCCGUGCCAUGCCGACGCGCUGGACGGCGUCCGGCCGGUGGCAGCGCGCCUCACUGGUGACGCGCCGGCCGUCGGGCCCGAGGAGCGGCGCCGGCCAGCUCUGGCGUCGACCGACACCCGAGCAGGAGGCCGUCUCCCGAGCCGCAAUGUGACGCUGCCAUCCUGGGCGUGACGGUAACAUGCCACAAUCUCCCUGCACGGACGACCAGCGACAGCGGAAGUGAAUGUGAACACACCCGAAGCAUAAAAAUGAGAAAUGCCUAAACACUAUCAGCGUUUGAAAUGGUGUUAUUUACGUUAACAGUUGUAGCGUUUACCGUGAUGCCUAUUUAAAUAUGGUUCCUGUUUCGUAAUGCGAUGAAUGGGGCUGCAUACCGCGCUCCAUUGCCCACCGAUGUGCUGUCUUCGAAAUGCCUUGGAAUGCUGCUUUUUUAGGUAAGGUGUAUUUGAAUAAGUGGUCGCCAGGGAUAUCACUACACUUAUCCUCCGCUUUUUGACGAUCGAGCAGGACUUAACGAAUGUCAUAUUUUGUCACAAGCCCUCUCUUGCCAGAUAUAGCAACUGCGGUUGCCCACUCACCAUGUACAUGUAAUCGCAUAAACCCUCGCCAUGAUGGGGACGUCGACCCGACACCCUAAUGUUUUCGGAGGAUAUCUCUCCGACACGUUGUGUAAUAGCUCUUAAAUUGCCGGUAGCCUAUGGGGCAUUCAUUGCGGAUGUUUGAACGCUAAAAAAGUGUGUCCAGAUUCUAACCUGUAAUCUAGAUAGAUUUCUGAUUUCUGAGCAACAGCGGUUUCGAGGAACACUACAUGACGAUCCAUGGCUGGCGCGGGCGGCGGGCUGCGACCGGCGCGGGCGGUGGGCUGCGACCGGCGGGUCCGCCGAUCGCGCGUGGCGGGGCGAUGCUGUCACGUAACAUGGUAUAGAUUCGCAACUGUGGAUAUGUGACGUUAUAAAGUGUGAUUUUCGGGGAAAUUUAGCAUUUUACCUGGCAUAAUGGGCCAAUCAGUCACGCAACAAUAUCAAAUUCAUUACCAAUCGCGAGAUCUCUUUGGGACCAGUUUACUGUUGAGACCAAUCCGCUGCCUUUUUCCGCGUGGAUCUAACGCUCUUGGUUUGGAAACAGCAGGGGAGGGGUCGAUCACCGCUCGUCACCCCGGGUUGUGAAAAAGAGAGAAUCGUGGCGAGGGUGAGACUAGAUUAUAUUCUGCUUUUAUCCGGCAGUUACCAAAGAAACGGUGAUGCCAUGACCAGACCCGUUACGCGGCGCAGGCAGGGCGCACAUUAAGAUUAACUGCUCUAGAAGUGAUGAAGACAUGACCGGCGUAUGAUAAUUCAGCUCGCCAAAAGCUAUGCAAGAAAUAGCUCCAUUGGAAUCCUGUGAAUCCGACUGCUGACAACGCUGCGUCUAGCAAUACCAUAAGGUGCGUCUAGUACGUAUGAAGAAAUUCAUUGUACCACCAGGCUGGGUAAAUGAUGUGGUACAAUAUGCUGACAUUCAUGAGUUUCAUAGUAUAGUCUAGAAACAACACUUCAUGCGUUAAAGAAAGUGAGGCGAAGGUUUCAUGACAGUCUAAGGAAAGAUAGCGCCUUAGUAACCAAUCUGCGAACUUUGCACUUAAACGCCUGCUGAGACUUCACGCGCAAAGUCCAUUUAAAACAAGAUAUAUUCUUUUGCAUGAUACUCGGCGUGGAAGCUCAAGCAAUGAAAUGAAAUGUGUCGUUCUGGUGAAUAAACUGUGGGCUGGGGCAUAUGCUUUCUCGUAUAAAAUACAACUAAAUAUAGAUAAAUGUGUCACAAUAUUACCA